AUGAGCACAUAUUCGAGCAUUGGCCUCUUCCUCUGGGCCUUUGCGUACACCUUGUCUCUUUACCAUCCAGGAACGGUCUACACGAGCGCCAGUCCUGUUGCUGGAACGCAAGCGAGCUUCGACUGGAACAAAGUAAGUACUAUCCUGGAGGACGUGAUCAACAACCGACCCUUGUGUACUAACUCACGCCAGCUGACUCCAUCAACAUCCUUGAACUGGACAUCAUGCUUUGAGAACUACACAUGCACGAGACUUCAAGUCCCUCUCGACUACAAGGACCCGUCCGUCGGAAGCACCUCCAUAGCAUUCAUCAAGUUGGCCGCUCAGAACAACUCCGACACAGCUCCUAACAUUCUGAUAAACCAAGGUGGCCCAGGAGGGUCGGGAGUUGAUUUUCUUCUAUCGACAGGGUCGCAGCUGGUCGAAGUUUUCGGACCCAACUACAACAUCGUUGGCUUCGACCCACGGGGAGUCAACAACAGCGGACCUGUCGUGGACUGCUUUCCCAACGACCCUGAUGCAAGAGCCGCAUACAAGGACCUGUUCUUCACUGUGACGGCCAAUUCGUCUUCAACCUCCCUCGAUCAGCAGUUCUACUCCGCCGACCUCUUCGGACAAUGGUGCAGUACGACGUUCCAGAAGAAUGCCAGUGGUGAAUAUGUGAGCACACCGGCAGUCGCCACAGACAUGCUUUCAUAUGCCAAAGCCGAGCAGAAAGCGGCCGGGAAGCCCGAAGAGGAAGCCAAAGUGUGGUACUAUGCACUCAGCUAUGGGACCGUGCUGGGUUCGACUUUCGCUGCCCUUUAUCCUCAGAACGUGGGACGCAUGGUGCUCGACGGAGUCUUGGACGGCCAGGAUUACUUCAAUGGCGCGUGGAAGUCGAGUCUUUACCAGUCGGACCAAGCUCUUGGUACUUUUUCGACAUACUGCCAUCUUGCAGGUCCGAAGAACUGUUCGUUUUGGGGCCCGUCACCGCAGAACAUCACCGCACGGUUGGACGACAUUUUGUCCACGCUCCAGAGCCAUCCUGUGCCUGUGACGGGUCUCGAUGGCCAAAGCGAACCGGGACUUGCAACGUACACAGAUCUGAAACAGCUGCUGCUGUGGACCGUGUACGCUCCUGUCCAAAGAUUCCCCCUUCUUGCGGAUGCUCUCGUUGCUCUCGAGAACGGGGACGGCUCCCAGGUGAUGAGUGGCCUCGAAAACGUCGUCGAAGCCAAGGAUGUCGAAAGCAUUGUCAAGUGCGUUGACGGCUAUCGUGCAACCGAUUUGUCUACUCUGAGAGCGUACCAGGAUUAUGUCGGCGUCCUCGAGAAUCAGAGCCACUAUUUUGGGGAUGCAUGGCCGACAAAUUCCAACAAUGUCCUCUGCAGAUCUUUGAACCUUACCACGUCCAAGACGCGGAGCUUUUCUGGCUUUUCGCACCCGACCACAUACAACACUUCCUUUCCCAUUCUAUACGUCGCCAGCACAAUUGACCCUGUCACACCGACUUCCCGGAAUCCUCCCAGAGGGGCCUACAAAAUGUCUCAAUAUUUUCCUGGGUCGGUUAUCCUGAUGCAGGAAUCAGUUGGCCAUACUGCCAGCAUAAGCAUAUCAGAAUGCCUCGCGGGAAACAUUGUGUCGUAUCUCUCUGGAACCUUGCCCAAAGUCAACACGACUUGCCAUGGAGCCCCAGUCCCGUUCCAGGAUACCAUAUCAGGGUAGUAAAUGGCAGGUUAACUGCAUGAGGACUUGUCUUCGGGCGCGAGCUUUGCUUGAAGCAGCCGGAACUGGAGCAGACGCUGUUGGUGAUGGACGCGUCCCAGUUG